UUGUUCCUCCUUACUUGUGUCAUCAUCGGUAUGCCGACACGACUAGCUGCCGUAUUCCUAUUGAUUGCUGUUCUUUCAGCUAUGGCAAUGAGGGCGAAACACGACAAUUGUAAAUCGGAGAAAUUACGGGAGUUGGUGUUAGAGACUGUUGGAAUAUACCCACACCAAUACAGUUAUCAGGCAAAAUAUCUCAAACAACAAGCAGAAGAACGUUUCGGAUUCUGGUGGAGUGCAGUAAUUGUAAGCGAACGGGGUGGAUAUGGAAUGAGUGCUGUCUAUGAUCAAUACAAGAACACAUCGUGCGAAAUGAUGCUGUUCGAUACAUAUUAUUGGAUUGGAAGGACAUGUUAGGAGGCAAUGUAGUGAUCAUAAUUGAAGCAUGAAUGAUUUUUAAGCUAUAAAUGAGGUGUCGAAAUCUUUGAAAUUUGUGAUUUUUUGCGGUUUUAUUUUAAUUUCAAAAACGCUCUGUUGUAAUGUCUAGUGGCUGAAAUGAAAGGUUUAAAAAACUUGA